UAACCUAUAAACCAGUGACAUAUCGCCACCCGUGCGGUCAUAAAAAAACAACAAAUUUGGCGAUUAAUCAGUUUCCUGGAGUUUUGUUUUCAUAAUUUUUGGAGCGGGGAAAUAUUUCUCGCUUCACCAGGGGCUCGUAGUCGGUGGAUUUGGAGUCCCUGGUGUAUCGAGAAUUGAUUCAACGACAUGAGGUCAGAAGGACCUCGUGAUCCACCAAAAAUAAGUAAAUAAAUGGUGUCUUGUGGUAUUUAUCGGAUUAUUUUUGGGCGAAAUCGAGGAAAAUGAGGAUAGCUGUCACCUGGGGAGGACUCGUCAGGCUUUUACGCAGGAGAAUCGUCCUUGCCAUUAUUUUCGCCCUCUCUCUGACGUACUGCGCUAUUUCUCUACUCGCGCACGAAAAGAUUGGUUCUCCAGUGGGAAUUUAUGGAGAUGAUGGAGACGAUAAUAUGAUAGUCGAUAAUGAGGAUGUGGGCGUGGAUCAGGAUUCCGAGGACGACGUAGGGGGGAAACACGUGCCCUGGCCACCGAUUUCUGGAUCCGAUGAUGGAAUCGAUAAUAAUAAUAAUGGGUCCAGUGCCAAUGAAGUUGCAAGAACUUGUCGAAAUUCUAUACAGGGCAAAGCUCUGAUUGUCGAUGAAAGGGGCCUCGUCUGUGCCCGGAGGGAGGUGCUCCCUGGGGGAUGCUGCAGGGGAGACCUCGAAAAGACUGAAUCCCCGGGUGUUACGACAAUCGUCAAACGCGAGAGGUACAGCUGUGAGACUUGUAAUCCUGAAGGAUGCUGUGCUGUAUACGAGUACUGCGUUUCGUGCUGUCUUCACCCAGGAAAGAGGAGACCAAAGAAAGAGGCCCACUCUCCACCAGUGCGUCGUGAUGCCCAGAAGUCACGGAGAAAUGAGGACGCGGUGAAAAAUCGUUUUCGAAGUCUCGACAGAUUUCAAGUUUGUCUCGCAAUCUGUCGCACCUCCAGUGCCAGUGUCAGACACGAGAACACGUACAAAGAUCCAAACUCCAAGCACUGCUACGUCAAUUCGAUAAAUCAUCGUGCCCCACGUGAUGUUAUAUCGAUUAAUAAUAAUAAUGGCGACAACGUCGCUGUUACAUCUUCUACUGUGCGGUUAUUUAUCCUUCAUUAUCCCAAUCCUGAGGACCUGUCGAUUCAUCUUAAGAAAUGCAUUGAGUUAUAUGAGUUGGUUCAUUCAUUCGGCAAUUUUUUUUAUCGAUUUACAAUGAAUUUUUCAUCGAUUAUUCCAAUUUCACACAUUUUUAUUUCAUUUUAA